GAAAGGCAGUUUAACAACAAACACCCCCAUUGAACGAAGACACGAAUUUAUUUGUUUUCUUUUAAACAUAGUGAACAGGAUAUAAUUAACGGAUUUGGAUGGUUUAGUGAUCAAAGCUUCGACUAUCAACCCUUAAGCGAAAACUACGGUAAAUACAAAUGAAUAGCGAAACCUCAUCGCUGCAGUCUGGCAUUGGCUCCCCCUCCAUCGCCACAACUGCAUCUUCUUCAUCACCACCAUCGUUGUCUGAAGCUUACUCAUCCACUGAUUUUUAUGUGGGCGUGGGAUUGGCCAUAUCUUCGUGCUUCUUCAUCGGCUCAAGUUUUAUUAUUAAAAAGAAAGCCCUGAUAAGACAAGGUAGGCAUGGCGAGGUCCGCGCUUCUGCAGGUGGGUUUGGAUAUCUUCGCGAGUGGAUUUGGUGGGCAGGUCUCUUGACUAUGGGCCUAGGCGAGGCGGCUAAUUUCACUGCGUACGCUUUUGCCCCGGCCUCAUUGGUUACGCCGCUGGGUGCACUAUCAGUGAUUAUUUCUGCUGUCAUGGCGUCGAAAUUUCUUAAUGAAAAACUAAACCUAUUGGGUAAAAUUGGCUGCUUUCUCUGCAUUCUUGGAUCUACCAUUAUUGUUAUACAUUCUCCCAAGGAGAAGGAGAUUGAAGACUUAGAAGUACUUUUUGGUAUGAUUCAGGAGCCAGUAUUUAUAUUAUACGUUAUUUGCAUAUUGGGGUCAAGCGCGUUUGUUGCCUGCUUUUUGGCGCCUAAAUAUGGACACAGAAAUGUUACUGUGUAUAUAUAUUUGUGUUCUGGCAUCGGCUCCCUUACAGUAAUGUCUUGUAAGGCGCUGGGCUUGGCUAUUCGCAAUGCGAUCGCUAACGGAGCACAAGUGUUUGGUAAUUGGAUGCCGUGGUUUUUAAUUGUUGUCACCAUUACGUUUAUUGCCAUUCAAAUGAACUAUUUGAACAAAGCACUCGACAUAUUUAAUACAGGAAUUGUUACUCCUGUGUACUAUGUAAUGUUCACCACAUUGGUAAUAACUGCAUCGGCCAUACUCUUUAAGGAGUUCACUCACAUGCGAUUCGAGGAUAUACUCGGGGAUGUAUGCGGAUUCCUUAUAGUGAUCACGGCAGUCUUUAUGCUCAAUGCUUUUAAAGACCUAGAAUUCAAUAUGAACGAUAUACGAGGCCUAAUGCGUCCAAAAAUGCAGCGUCUUUCACAGUUCGAUGACGAGGUGCUGGUCAGCAGCAAUUCCAAGAAGCACAGAAACUCAUAUGGAUCUAGCGAAAUGUUCCGCAAGGUAUGACAUAAGCAACGGUUUCAAGUUUAGUUAUAACCAUAGAACGAAGCUUGAAUCCCAAUCUGUCACUUGCCUUGUUUUGUUGCCUAUUAGAUAAAGUUAACAAUUGAAUUGAAUUGUAAUGAAUUUUAAUGUCAUACAGAUUCAUUCAAUCUGCGGUUUUAAGACAAUUAUGUAUGUAUAUGCAUAUAAUCGUAUUUGUCCUGACUGAACGUUUGUGAGU